GGCGGCGGAUGGGAGAAGAGGAGAGGAGAGGAGAGCCAUUGACUGGAAGCGCACACAUGGGAGAGAAGAAAACGGCUAUUUCAUGUGCUCGGCGUGCAUGACUGAGGAGUGUGGCUGUCUGUCUGGAUUGUUAGUCAUCUGCUGGAGGACAUACGAAGAAGGAAAAAAAAUCCCAGGCAGGCUGAGGAUACACAGAGCUGUGUGCAGAGGAUGAACAGGCGAUGUGGGCUGUGAUCGCUGUCCUUCUCAGACCUCAUAGCCACUUGUGCACUGGUGCUGUCGCAGGCCGUUAGCCUCGCAGUCUGGCAGCAGCAGCAGCAGCAGCAGUCAGGGUGAUUGAUACAGAAUGAGCUCCAAGCACUCCUCCGACUGGAUUCCCUACAGCACCUUAGAUGAUGAGGGCACCAACCUGCGACAGCAGAAACUGGACAGACAGCGGGCGCUCCUUGAACAGAAGCAGAAGAAAAAGAGGCAGGAGCCUCUUAUGGUGCAGUCCAAUGUGGAUGGGAGAUCCCGCACACGUCGCACCAAACAAAGCGAGGAACAGGCGCCACUGGUGGAGUCCUACCUCAGCAGCAACAGCAGCACCAUCUACCAUGUGCAAGAAGCUGAACAGGAGGAGGUGAAGGUCGUCACGGACACACAGCCGCCUCGCUCAGCCAAGAAGGGCAAAGCAUCAGCCAGCUCCACUCCACAGACAGGCAGCGACAAAAAAGAGAGGAAGGGGAAGCACAAAGCAAUCGAUGGCCUAGCAUCCCUUCAGGAUGAUAGUCAGAUCCAGAUCCUGACAGUGGGUCACAGCACCACAGAUGAGAGCGAUGCAGAGCCCGUCAUGAGCUGCACUCAGUCACAAAGCAAGCAGGAUCUGCGUGUCACCAUGCUUAAGAAAGGUAUAUCCAGCAGUAUGAAUUUUGAUGAAGAGGAGGACGAUGAAGAUGAAAUCAGCUCCAGUUCCUCACAGCUUAACAGCAACACCAGGCCAGGCUCUGCUACAAGCAAGAAGUCAUGCAAGGAGGUAGCAUCAGCGCCCACCCCACCAGCCAACGAUCCUGUUGUCGAUGUGGACGACCUUGAGGAGUUUUCUCUGCGGCCUGCUCCCCAGGGUGUCAGAGUCAAGUGCAGAAUCACCAGAGACAAGAAGGGCAUGGACAGAGGCAUGUAUCCCACCUACUACCUACACCUGGAGAGAGAAGAUGGAAAGAAGGUGUUUUUGUUAGCUGGCAGAAAGAGGAAAAAGAGUAAGACAUCAAAUUACCUCAUCUCCAUCGACCCCACUGAUCUGUCCCGAGGUGGAGAGAGCUUCAUCGGUAAAUUGAGGUCUAACCUGAUGGGAACAAAGUUCACAGUGUACGACAGCGGUCUGAACCCGAUGAAGAGCACCACCAGCCUCGAAGCCAGCAAUCUGCGUCAAGAGCUAGCAGCCAUUUGCUAUGAAACCAAUGUCUUAGGAUUUAAAGGACCUCGAAAGAUGAGUGUGAUCAUUCCAGGAAUGAACAUGGACCACGAGAGAGUUUCAAUCCGCCCACGAAACGACCAUGAGUCACUGCUGGCCAGGUGGCAGAACAAAAACACAGAGAGUGUUAUUGAACUUCACAACAAGACACCCGUGUGGAACGAUGACACACAAUCCUAUGUGCUCAACUUCCACGGCAGAGUCACUCAGGCCUCUGUCAAGAAUUUUCAAAUCAUUCAUGACAACGACCCCGACUACAUUGUGAUGCAGUUUGGCCGCGUGGCAGAAGACGUCUUCACCAUGGACUAUAACUACCCGAUGUGUGCCCUGCAGGCCUUCGCCAUCGCCCUGUCCAGCUUUGACAGCAAGUUAGCCUGUGAAUAGGUCCCAGCCUGAUGCUCAGUGGAGAACUGGUCCAUCUGUCCUCUCAUCAAGGGCUGUUAAACAUUUUACUGCGGCUGGUUUGACAUCUUCAAAUCAAGCAGUACCCUGGAAGUCCUGCAUAUCCCAAAAUGCUUUUAUGGGCCUCAAGAUUUGUGUGUA